AAGUUUGCCUUGCUUGAACUCAACUCUGUCCCAGUCUUGCUUCAACUUGCUCAUCAUGGAUGGCAGCGAAAUAGGGCUGUUUGGUUCGCUACGGCUCAUGAAGCGGAUGACUGAUGAGCAGGUAGCAGCAUUCCCAAUCGAUGAGGAGACGGUUACCUUUGGACGCGACCCGACAUGCAGUGUGCGCCUCUAUUAUCCAGAGAUCAGUGCCCUCCAUGCAAAAAUUGUCUUCCAGGAAAGAAAGGCCUUUCUCGUCGUUCUUGGCGACGCAGGCCUGACCAUCGAUGGCUGCCCUGUGUUCCCAUCCACUAACGCCUCCCUUCCCACAACAAUUCCCGUCUCUAACAACUGUGAAAUCGAAAUCUACAAGAAACGUUUCAUAUUCUCCUACCCGCCCAAGCAGCUCCGUUCUCCGCUAUACAAUAUCGAUUCACCAGCCAAGGCUGAAAAUAGAGGCGGCAGCGGACGGAGAAAAUUACGAAUGAGCAUGAUCCACAGCGCCCAAGUAUUCACUCCUCGUGGAAAACCCUCUUCAGAUCCACUCGCAAACCUCCGCAUUCUCCAGAGCCCACUCAAGCAGCUCGUGCCAUCCCCGCGCAAGCCUUCUACCCUGAAGAACUCCCACGUCCCAGAACCAGACGAAAUAGAGGAAGAAAUCGUGCUUGUGGAGUCUAACACUCCACAUGUCGUACAGGAGGAUAAGGACCUUGUCAUCCUCGAGCGUGUCGAUGUUCAAGACCCUCCUCCGCCCACCCCACCUGUGCAAAGGCCAAGACCAAGUAUGAACAUAUACAAAACUCCGAACAAGCGUACUCGCCCCUCGCUACACCGUGCUGUCCUGAUUCGCAGUGUACAUCGUGCCGUCAUGGCGCGCGAGGAAGAGGAAGAAGAGAAAGAAGUUGAAGAGGUGGUUGUAGGUGAAGCGACGGUGGAAGAGGGCGAGGAGCAUGAAAAUGAUAACGACGAAGAAUUUAAUGAUGAACAUGAUGGAAGUGCAGGAAACGAGCAUGGAGAAUCUGACGAUGAUGGAAAUGGCGCAGACUUAGACACCAUUGAGGAGCCUACUCCUCAACCAAGCACAUGGCGCAAAUCUCUCAAUGCUGUGCGUGCACACGUUGUAUGGCCUUUCCGCUCGAGUUCCACUGCGCCCGAAGAAAACGACGACGACAAGCAAGAUGAACACGAUGACGAAGAGGACGAGUACGCUCAAAUGGACACAGACCAGGACGCACAGCCCCCGCCCCCAUCCUCCUCUCCACCACCUACUUACACCACACCCCAAGCCCAACCACACCUCACACCUGCAAAAGCCCCCCGACCUCUAGGUUCAUUUAUGACGCCUCAAGUAUCAUACCCACACUCAGGCAUUGACAUUGGAAUCGGCCGCGGUGCAGGACGCAACUCCUUUGGCGGAGCGUUGCGCGUACCAUUACCUCCUGGGGUGUCCGCACUUGCACCAUCUGGUCCUGUACAGACAUGGGGAGGUGCGAAGAGAGUGCGCGUCGAGCAGAAGUGGCGCAUCGGGGAUAUUGAGGUGCGAGAUACGGAGGAGGUGAAGGAAGAGGAGAAAGCAGGGACGGGAUUGGGGAGGAUGCGGGUGAGUGAGGAGGAGAAGAAGGUGAGUACAUGCAUUUACUUUUACUUUUCUGGAGCUUGGGAAGUUGGGAAAUAGCAUGGAGGCAGCAGUCUGGGUUUCAUUUGGAAUGGCUUCUCUAUGAGCUCGGACUGUUGUGAUACAGGGUAUAUAUAUGCAUCGCGUUUGCCGCUUCCUGCAUGUCCCUCGUCUCUGUCGACCUUUUUUUCUUCCUUGUGCCAUUUCUCUCCCCAUGACGCGUCCUCCAACUAACCACCAAC